AUGGCGAAGGACAAGAAGAAGUACCAUUACGACCCAGCCCUCAUCGCUCGCGUGCAAAACAUCGAGCUCCCCCCCAAGAUCAAGUGCUGUCGUUGCGAGUACGUGAAGGGCCCAGCGUGCUACGCAGCGACGCGCCUCCUCGACCUCAAGGUGGCCAUCUCAAAGGACAAGCGCAACGCCGGCCCAAGGGUCAAAAUGAUCCCCUGCAUGAUGUGCACCGGCCACGACGCCCCGCUCGAGCUGGAGUGCACGGGGUGCGACACUACGUACGACAUCUACAAGUUUGCUGCCGCGCAGCGUAAGGGGGCGAAGCGUGAUGAUGCGAAGUGCUACAAGUGCCAGGAGGAGAUCGAUAAUACGCCGACGCUCGAUGAGUACGGAAGCGAUAACUCGUUUGAGGGCGAUGAUGAUGUGGACUACGAGUCGGAUGAGGACGGCAGCACCUCUGGCGGAACAUCCCAAGCCGGCACACCCUCCAACGCCUCCGUCAUCAACUCCGCCCGCGGCGGCGGCGGCGUCUCCCUCUCCGGUCUGAAGGCCGCCCUCCCAUCUAUCGCAUCCACCAGCAUCGCCCGCCGCGCCCCAACCUCCACCAUUACAAACACCACAAGCAACAACGCCAACUUUGCAAAGGUCAAGUCGGGACGCCGACAGGCGAAGUACGAGGGCGCGGAGCGGGUGCGUGCGCAUGAUAGGAAGGAGGCUGAGAAGAAGGAGGAUUUGGAUGAGGUCAUGGCAAAGGACUCGGAGAGUGAUUCUGAGUAG